CCGAAAAAGUGGGUACCAUUAGAGCUACCGCUACCCCCACCGCCCGCCAAACCUCAUCGCACGAAGAGUUUGGCCGAAGAUCGCGAGAGAGGAGGCCGUGGAGGCAACGGUUCCGGCGGAGGCGGCGGUGCUCUACGCGAGCGACAACCGGAACGGGAGCCCCAGUCGGCGCCACCGCACGGGCCGUCCGGCGAUCGACGGCCGCCCGCGCGCGACAAACACCGCGAAGACCGCUACCAUAACUCGUCCGGCGGUGAGAACUACUACUCCGACGAUCACUCGAAGGCUAGGGAUAGCGGUGGCGGACGCGCUGUCACCGGCGGCGGUGGACACCAUCGCAGUCACGAUAAUCACCACUCGGACAGAGCCGACGGCUAUGAUAAGCGGCGGCCGUCGGCUGGCAGUCGCAGAGGAGGAGGUCGUGGCGGUGGCCGCGGCUACUCAUCGAACGGGCCGUUUCAUCAGCGAUCGCGCAGUCAAGCGGACGCCAAACCCGUGGACUAUCCGACAGACAUCGCUUACUACGUGGACUUCACGCCUGUGGACGUGUCUGGGCUGACAGUGGGCGGCGCGCCGGCCGUAACCCCCUCUGUAGUGGGCGCUGCGGUGUCGGCCGCCGGCACACCCGGCUUCGUGGCGCCCUUCUUCACGCCCUUCCCCUCAGCCGCCUAUUUGGGUCUCGACUCGGAUCGCCUGCGGGAGUACGUGAGGCAACAGAUUGAGUACUACUUCAGCGACGAGAACCUGCAGCGAGACUUCUUCCUGCGCCGGAAGAUGGACGCCAACGGCUUUUUGCCCAUCAGUUUGAUCUCGUCGUUCCAUAGGGUACAGGCGCUGACCCAAGACCCGCAAAUGGUGAUCGACUCGUUGAAGGCGUCGACAAUUGUCGAAGUGGUCGACGGCGUGAAGUUGAGGGCCAAAGUUGAUCCCGAAAAGUGGCCACUUUUGGAUAAUCUGAGCGCCGCCUCUGCCGGACUGCACGCCAACGUUCCCUCUUUCAUACCGGGCCAGCCCUAUGGCUACGGCUAUGGCGAAGUGUCGCCCCCGCCGUCCACUCAUCCGUACGGCAGCGGUGGCGAAGAGGCGGCCGCCGACGCCGAUAACGAGGCCGACAGCAAUGGUAACUCAAGCAACGGUGAUAAUGACAAUACUUCAACAAAAGCGCGUGUCAGCGGAUCCAACACUAGUACAAGACAGUCAGCGGGAACUCAAUUGGCGGCACCGGCUGUGACGGUGAACACCACCAGCACUACUACUACUCCAACAGCACUACACACUGAUAGCAUAGGCGGCACCAGUACUCAGCCAAACGAUGCAGACGUUGUGAUAUCACAUGACAUAUCCGCUGAUGACGUUGUGGUAAACCAGAUGUCUGUUCAACAGAAGCACAAUAACAACACCAGCAGCGAGAGCUCCGACAACAACAACGCCAUGAGCGCCAACAUUAGCCAUAACAAGAACUUAACCGCCGAUUGGCGCGAAGUAAAGUCGAAAAAAUUCAAGUCCCGAUCGCGACAGUCGUCCACUUCGGUGGGCGGCGGCACUCCCGGCGACGGUAGCGGUAAACACGGCUCGCGAUAUAUCGGCGACAUAUCCAGCGAAGAGUUGGCCUUCGCUUUCGACGAAGACAUCAACGCCGGCGACAUCUCUGGCCGCAGGAAUCAGUUCACCACCGCUUCGGCCGCCGACGGUCUGGACAAUGAUUACGACUCGGACUACGAGAUCAGCGACACAGAAGUCGCCCGCAUUUUGGUUGUGACCCAAUCGAUACCCAGCGGUUCCCGAGCGGGCAAACACGAGGGCUACGACCGCACCGGCGACUGGACUACGCGCGUGAAACUCACUCAAGAGUUGGCCAAAGAGAUCAACGACGGCCUCUAUUACUACGAACAGGACCUGAUGUUUACCGACGCCGACGUGAAGCCGGAGCUCAAACCACACAAAACAGUGGAACUGAUAUCGCAGGAGGCGUUCGAGAGGUUCGCCCCGAAUCGCGCCCAGAAGGUGAGGGGUGCGGCCGCUCAGCCCCCGCCGCCACCCCCUCCGCCCACUUACGAAGAGGAGUCGUUCCUCGAGAAGCACAUGGCCUCAGUGAUCUCUAACUCU